AUGCAUCAGGCUUGGCUAGAUUUGGAGGUUAGGGCGGAAAAAGAUCAAGUGAAGCUAAAGCGUGACAUUCCCGAAGAAUCCUAUUUUGAUGAUGAUCUGAGUCUCUUAGUUGUGGUAUCGAGUCGUCUCACGGAACUGGGUUUUGAAAUCGAUUCUCUGUAUCUGCCUAAAGUAGUUAAGCCUCGUUGGGGAUAUCGUUACGAUAUCGCCCUUUAUGGUAGGCUUGGACUCCACUGCCACAAUCUUCACAAGGGAACAAACUUUAAGUUUAGGCGAUGGGAAAAGUAUUGUGCUAUGACGAUGGCUGCAUACGUCGACUUCUACUUAACUGCAACGGAUCCAGCCACGGGCUCCGUCUUCUCUUUGCAGACGCUGUUAAGCGAUAUUGGACGUAGACCUGCUGCACACGGUAACGAGCCUCCGGAUCGUCAUUGGAACGAUGAUAAAAUAGAUGAUUUCUACAAAGGUCCAAAUGUCCAAUGCUCAAAUGGUUUUCUGACAGUGCAAGAAUCAGAGCUGCGUGAGAAUGACUGGCUGCAACUAUUAUUGGAAAUCGCCUUCUUCUCCAAAGCAAAUCGUCGAUUGAGGGCUUCCCUACCGUUGGAGAUGAAGAAGGUAGUUGUAGAAAAUAGAGAAGAAUACACAACAGAGGCGCGUGAGAAGCUCAAGGCAGAUAACGCAAUCUUCAACGCGUUGGGCUGGUUAUCACGAAGCCAUUAUAAGCCAUCAUUAAGAUAG